AUACAAAAGCAAAAGCAUAUAUAAGGCAAUUGUCUGUUCCGAAAUGAUUCAUUCCAUUUCCAUAAGCAGUUCGAUUCAGCACAAUUCGGGGUUGCUGCAUAUUCUUCUCGGCUAUUCACGACCUUGAGUGAACAUACUGACAGACUCGGUGAAUUAACAAAGCAGCACAAAGUUUUUCAUGUAGUAUUUGUCCUUGUUAUUAGUCAGAGAUUGUUUUAGGCCAACAAUUUUUUAUCAAUACUCGGUGGACAAUCCCAGUUUGAAUUGACAGAUCUCGUGAAUAACAGUUUGAAGAGUUGAAUAGUUGUCAAUUCGUUACUUGUGUCCUGUGAUUUAAGUAGAUCUCAUCAAAAAAUAAUGGCGACAACAGGAGUUCAUCAACACACAAUUUACUUUGUUAGACAUGGUCAAUGUCGAGGAAACGUGACAGGAGAGACGCUGACUCCAGACCAGGAUGUGAUCACUGAUUUUGGGAGGAAACAAGCAGAUGCAUUGGGAAAUCAUCUUAAAUCGGUAGAGUUCACUCAAGCCUACGCCAGUAAUUACCAAAGAGCAAUUGAGACAGCGAAAUGUGUUUUGGACAAAUGUGAUGAGCCGUGCACCAGUUUGUUGAAAAUGGACAGCAGAAUAAGAGAACGGGACUUGGGUGAACUUGUUGGGCUUCCCACCAAGGAAAUUAUUAAAAAAACAAUAGCAAAGUUGGCCGAGGGUCAAAAAUUCAACUCAAUUGAGAUUCCUGGAGGGGAAUCAGUGGCAGAGUAUGUCGGUCGACAGGAGAGUUUCUUUAAGGAACUGUUUGACUCUCUGAAAUCAUCUUCCAAACCAGAAAGGGUGUUGGUGGUGUCUCACGGGUUGCUCAUACGUCGGUUCCUCGUGGGGCUCAAUGACGGCAGCUUUCCCGACCUCUGCGUAGUGUCCAACUGGGAAAAGAAAUGCGGCUCCGUCGUGGAAAAUACUUGCUGCACAAUUUUCAAUUUAGAAUUUCCUUCGGGAAAUGAAAAGCCUGUCCUCACAUUUGAGAAGAUUCAUGACAAGGAACAUUUGAAGCAACUAAAGGCAGAUAACAACAAUGCGGAAGUCGAUCAUGCUGCUAACAAAAGCACUUUUAACGUGUCACAUGAAGAAAAAGUAAAGUUCUUUGGGGAAGUGAUGAAAAUACCUGGAGCUAAGGAAGAGUUGAGUGGAUGUGUUCAGGUGUAAUAAGCAUUAAAUGAUUUUUCUGUGGGAUUAUUAUAACGAUUAAUACAAAUAAAUAUUAAAAUACAUUUUUAAACCAUA